AUGCUUUCAUUGGUAUCGAAAGUGCAUUUUUCUGAAUCUUUAGUGAAUGCGAUAGACUCCGGCUGCGAUUCAGGUAAGGAGGAUGUCUGCAACUUACCAAUGAGGACUGGACCCUGUCGAGCCUACUUCAGAGUGUGGGGCUACAAUCCCGCAUCAGAUCAGUGUGAGAGCUUCGUCUACGGUGGUUGUGGAGGCAACGCGAACCAGUUCAAGGAGAAGAUUGAAUGCGAGCGUGCUUGUGUUAAAAAUUUGCACUUAUAUAAGCAUAAGCUUCUCUCUCGUCAAACAAUAUUUGGGAAAAUACACUCAGUCUGCGAAGCCCAACGUCAUUACUACGGGUGCGUGAACGGGUCCACAAAUUUCUCAGUCCCACACUUGCCACUGACUGCUGUGUAUCAUUCCACCUGGCUGGCCUUCUUACCCCUGUAUGAUUAA